UCAACUAAUAGAACUCCCAAUCUAUGUGGGAGUGAACCAAUCAACUCCCAAUCUAUGUGGGAGUAGAACCAAUCAACUCCCAAACUAUUAGGGAGUCAAGAGCUACCCAAAUCAAACUAUGUUGAGAGUCAAUAAGCUCACCAAUCAAAGUAUAAGGGCCAAUUAGCUUAUAAGGGCCAAAUAGUCCAAACUAAUCCCAGUGUAGGGCCAAAUAGCCCAAACUAUUCUAAAUCAAAUAUAGUGGCCAAUAAGCCAAUAUGCUAAGUAUAAAAGGCCAAUUAGCCUACAUCAAAGCCAUGUACUAUUCUCCUCCAAAUAUAAUAAAAUCACUUUUUUUUUCCCUUAUAAAUCUAACAGAAACAUUAUAAGGAGGUUCAAUGUGGCUGCUGGCAAUAAGAGCAUGCCAAAAGCUCUAAAUUUCUUAAGUUCACAAUCUUCUUCUCCAUACCAUGAGAGUGUGGAAGGGCUUAACAACAUGGGUAAUAUGGAGUACAGAAGGGCCAGCUUCUUGGACGCGAUUUCUUUUUAUGAUAAAGCUAUUGCCUUGUGCCCUCAAAAUGCUGCCUGCCAUUACAAUAAGGCUGCAUCAUUGAUUGGCCUAGGCAGAUUAACAGAAUCAAUGGAAGAGUGCCUGCAAGCAAUCAAAUGUGAUCCUUCGUGUUCUCGUGCUCAUCAUCGACUUGGAAUUCUUUAUGCCAGAUUUGAGCAAGAGGUGCUCACCGCAGAGAAAGCUGUCGAUUUGGACACAACCCGAAAAUCUCUGAAGUGGCUGAGGAAAGCUAGGGGAGCUGCUGAUGCUCGAAAAGACCGAAAGGCUCUAUUUGAAGAUGGGAAGUACUUGGAGGCAUGCACAAAGUAUGGCCAUGGCCUGCAAUAUGUUCGAACAAAUAGUGUCUUGCUUUGCAAUCGAGCGUCUUGCAAGUCUAAGCCUUGGACAAUGGGAAAAGGCCAUUGAUGAUUGCAAUGCAGCUCUGAGAGAACGGCCUAAUUAUCACAAAGCACUUUUAAGGCGCGCCCACUCUUAUGACAGAGGUACUCUUUCUUUUGGAGAUGAGGAUGGGGACGGAAUUUGUAAGAUUUAAGAUAUGUCUGAUGUUGGGGGUGAAGGCAUGUCUUUUUUCUUCAGA